AUGAGAAUGGUGUCAAAUCAACCUAGGCAGUCUGAAGAUGAAGUUCAAGCUACUGGAAACUGCUGUGCUCCCAAACAAUAUCUAUCCUCUGAUUCAGUAACAAUUGAUCCCUCUGCUGGAAAAAAUCUUCCCAUGGUUUAUCCCUCAGCUGAAGAAAAUUGUCCUGUGGUUUAUACCUCUGCUGAAGAAAAUAAUCCCAUGAUUUCUUGUCCAGUGGCAAAAGUAGGUGCUUUCAAUGUUUACAAUCCUAGCCACAACUCUGCAUUUUCAAGGACAAUACCAAUGCAGGGACCUUUGAUCCGAGCAUCCAAACCAGAUUUUGGAAUCUGCAAAUUUCUUGAUGGUGCGAGUGGUGAGUCCAUAAUCCCUCAGCAUUGUGGCCAUGGUUGUUGUGCUUCUUCUAUGAGCUCAUUGUUGGGGCCAGAAUUUGUGGAAUAUGAAGAAAUCUCCCCCUUUCCAAGUCAGGAGUUGAGUGCCGUAGUCAUGGACUUGAACAAUUUUGCCUGGAUUAGAAGUGGUAUUGAGAAUGCUGGAAGGUUAUCAGAAAGUGCAAGUCGCCAAAGAGUACCUGAAGGUCCGCCCACGUCCAUGAAUAGUUUUGAACAGAACAAUGAAAACGAUCAAUUCCGGUUUGGGACACCAAACCCAUUCACAAGAGGGACGAAAGAUGUAGUUUCCCAACAGAUGACAAUGCCUACAUUCACUUUGCGAGCUGAGGUUGAAGGCUUGAGCGACUAA